UGUGAAUAAACAAACACAGACAUUUGCUUUAUUCCAUUGUUUAUUACUGAAUGAAUCCAAUUGAGUCUCUCUUGGACUAAAAAAACAAAAGUCACAAAGCGAAAAAUGUGACAAGUAGAUCACAGAAAGAGUAAUGGCAAACUUGAUACAGCAGCAGCAGCAGCAGCAGCAACAACAACAACAUCAAGUUAUGGAAACAUCCUCAAAUCAUGAAGAGACACAAAAAUCUGGAUGGAGAAAGUUUUUGCCAUAUAUAGGCCCUGGUUUUCUUGUUUCGUUGGCUUACCUUGAUCCUGGAAACAUGGAAACUGAUUUGCAAGCUGGAGCUAAUCACGGAUACGAGUUGCUGUGGCUGGUACUUAUUGGACUCAUAUUCGCGCUUAUAAUUCAGUCACUGGCUGCAAAUCUUGGUGUAACCACUGGCAAACACCUUUCAGAAGUAUGUGAAGUUGAAUAUCCAUUAUUUGUGAAGUAUUGCUUAUGGUUAUUAGCAGAGGUUGCUGUCAUAGCAGCUGACAUACCUGAAGUGAUUGGGACAGCCUUUGCUCUCAACAUACUAUUCAACAUCCCAUUAUGGGCAGGAGUUCUGUUGACUGGCUUCAGCACUCUCUUGCUUUUGAGUCUGCAGAGGUUUGGGGUGAGGAAGUUGGAACUACUGAUAACAAUCCUAGUAUUUGUAAUGGCUGGAUGUUUCUUUGCUGAAAUGAGCUAUGUAAAUCCCCCAGCUUCUGGUGUACUUAAGGGAAUGUUUGUGCCCAAACUGGCUGGUGAAGGAGCCGUAGCCGAUGCUAUUGCUCUUUUGGGGGCCCUUAUCAUGCCGCACAAUCUUUUCCUCCACUCUGCUCUUGUGCUAUCUAGAAAAGUACCUAAAUCUGUGAGAGGCAUCAAUGAAGCAUGUAGAUAUUUCCUCUAUGAGAGCGGAUUCGCUUUGUUUGUGGCGUUUUUAAUCAAUGUUGCAAUGAUUUCUGUGUCGGGCACUGUCUGCUCUGCCAAUGACCUAUCUGGAGACAAUGUUGAACGCUGCAAUGAUCUCACCCUUAACUCCGCUUCUUUCCUUCUAAAGAAUGUGUUGGGACGAUCGAGCUCAACCAUUUAUGCCAUAGCACUGCUUGCCUCAGGACAAAGUUCUACCAUCACAGGAACUUAUGCAGGACAGUACAUCAUGCAGGGUUUCUUAGACAUAAGGAUGAAAAGAUGGAAAAGGAAUUUGAUGACUAGAUGCAUUGCCAUAGCACCCAGUCUUGCUGUUGCCAUCAUUGGUGGUUCUUCUGGCUCUAGUCGCCUUAUCAUCAUCGCAUCGAUGAUACUUUCUUUUGAGCUUCCAUUUGCUUUAAUUCCACUCCUUAAGUUUAGCAGCAGCAGUACCAAAAUGGGACCUCACAAGAAUUCUAUGAUUAUCAUUACAAUCUCAUGGAUACUAGGUUUUGGAAUCAUUAGUAUCAAUGUGUACUACCUCAGUACUGCCUUUGUGAAGUGGAUAAUACAUAGUAGUCUACCAAAGGUGGCAAAUGUGUUCAUUGGGAUUAUAGUGUUUCCUCUAAUGGCAAUUUAUAUUGCCUCAGUUAUCUACCUUACCUUCAGAAAAGACACUGUUGAGAUGUUCAUCGAGACGAAAAAUGAUACAGUAAUGCAAAACCAAGUGGAAAAAGGAAUUGUGGAUAAUGGUCAACUAGAGUUGAGCCAUGUUCCUUAUAGAGAAGAUUUAGCUGAUAUACCACUACCAGAAUAAAGGAUCCAAGGCUAUGAAUCAAGUGCGUUUCACACAAAGAAGGGAUUCUGUAUUGAAGCUGGAAAAUUCAUAUGUUUCAAAUCAUUCUAAUGAUAGAAAGCAAUUGUAGUUUCGGUUGUAGAAAACAUUUAUAGCUCCUCUACUAGUUGAAGUUAGAAUCUAAAAUCUUUGUUUUUUUAAAAUCUUUUCUCAUCUAAUCUCUUAAUGACUACCAAUCACUUAUAUCA